AUGCCAAACGUCUUUGCUGUGCCAGUUUUCUUCAUCUGCUUCCGAGAGUGUCUGGAAACGAGCAUUAUCGUCUCCGUGCUUCUCGCGUUCCUCAAGCAAACUCUUGGCCCUGAACAUGAUGCUAUUGUUCACAAGCGACUUGUUCGACAGGUCUGGUACGGUGUCGGCGCGGGUAUUCUGAUCUGUCUAGUCAUCUGUGCUGGAGUCAUUGGUACUUUCUACACGGCUGGACGCAAUACCUUCGACAAGGCAGAAAACAUUUGGGAGGGCGCUUUCGCGAUUCUUGCAAGCGUCAUCAUCACUCUAAUGGGAGCUGCCCUACUCCGUGUUAGCAAGCUGCAGGAUAAGUGGCGUGUGAAGAUUUCCAAGGUCCUCGAACAAAAGGACUCGAAACUACCCAUCAAGGGCAGACUAAAGCGAUGGACUGAAAAGUACGCCAUGUUCAUUCUGCCCUUCGUUACUGUGCUCCGCGAGGGUAUUGAGGCAGUAUUGUUUAUUGCAGGUGUCGGACUGGGCGCACCGGCGACCAGCUUUCCUCUCGCCGUCAUUUGUGGUCUUGGUGCAGGUGCCUUGGUCGGAUUUCUCAUCUACAAGGGUGGCAACAAAACCUCUCUGCAGAUCUUCCUCGUCAUCUCCACAUGCUUCCUUUACCUCGUAGCGGCCGGCCUGUUCUCCAAAGGUGUCUGGAAUCUUGAACAGAAUGCUUGGGUCAAGCUUGCUGGAGAAGGUGCAGCAGAAGCAGGUGCAGGGCCGGGUAGCUACGACAUCAGGAAGAGUGUUUGGCACGUCAACUGUUGUUCGCCACUGGAGAAUGGUGACGGCGGUUGGGGUAUCUUCAACUCGCUCUUUGGCUGGCAGAACAGCGCAACGUACGGGUCCGUCAUUUCAUACAAUCUUUACUGGCUAGUGGUUAUUAUUGGCUUCGCUUUUCUAGGCUGGAAAGAGGGAAAGACGGCCCCCUCUCAGCAUGCGCAAGUCGAGAGUAUUGCUUCCAGCGAGGAACGUGAGACCACGGGAAAGAAGAACAGCGGUGAAGGCAUCAUGACCACCACUGCUGUAAGAGAAGUGGAGUAG